AGCAGAAAAGGCAAUGGCAGCAGUGAAAGUGUACGGACCAACCCUGUCGACGGCGGUGUCAAGGGUGCUGGCCUGUCUGAUCGAGAAGGAUGUGCAGUUUGAGGUGAUUCCGGUGAAUAUGUCGAAAGGAGAACAUAAGAGACCUGAAUUCCUGUCCCUUCAGCCUUUUGGCCAAGUCCCUGCAUUUCAAGACGGCAACAUCUCCCUCUUCGAGUCAAGAGCAAUAUGCCGGUAUGUAUGUGAGAAAUACGCGGAGAGGGGGAACAAGGGAUUGUACGGAACGGACCCAUUGGCGAAGGCAUCCAUAGAUCAGUGGGUGGAGGCGGAGGGGCAGAGCUUCAACCCCCCAAGCUCAGCGCUGGUGUUCCAGCUGGCAUUUGCCCCAAGGAUGAAGCUGAAGCAAGACGAAGGAGUGAUUAGGCAGAACGAAGAGAAGCUUGCCAAGGUGCUUGACGUCUAUGACAAGAGGCUCUCUCAGACUCGUUUCUUGGCGGGCGAUGACUUCUCCUUCGCUGACCUCUCCCACCUUCCCAACGCCCACUACUUGGUCACCGCCACCGACAGGGCCCCACUAUUCACCCAAAGGGACAACGUCUCCAGGUGGUGGAACGACAUCUCCACCCGUCAUUCCUGGAACGAGGUCCUUCGUCUCCACAAAACUGCUUAUUAAACAGCAACUGCUUUUGCUCUUUUUUACUUUAUUAUAUAUCAUCAUGCCCAACCAAUUAAUGCAAAUCACAAUUCCAGACACCUUAUAUUACGUGUACUCGUAACUCAUAACUUUAGCUACGAUUGCGCUCC